CUCCCUCCCUUCCCUUCUCUGACAACUUUGGCUGCUCUUUGCACUAACUUCCUCCUCCUCCUUUCUCUUUCUGCUUCCCUGGGAGAGGAUGCCAGGGCCCAGGCAGGAGGGCGGCCCCAAGUGAAGAAGGAGGAGAGGCCCCCCAAAAAGAGACAAGAGCCAGGGGUCCAGGCAUGAGCUCAGUCUGGAAGAGGCUCCAGAGGGUGGGCAAGCGAGCCGCCAAGUUCCACUUCGUGGCCUGUUACCAGGAGCUGGUGCUCGAGUGCACCAAGAAGUGGCAGCCGGACAAACUGGUUGUGGUCUGGACCCGGCGGAAUCGGCGUAUCUGCUCCAAGGCCCAUGGCUGGCAACCAGGGAUCAAGAAUCCGUACCGGGGAACCGUGGUGUGGAUGGUUCCGGAAAACGUGGACAUCAUGGUCACGCUUUAUCGGGACCCUCACGUGGAGGAGUAUGAAGACAAGGAGUGGACCUUUGUGAUUGAAAAUGAAUCGAAGGGUCAGCGGAAGGUCCUGGCGUCGGCGGACGUGAACCUCAAGCGGUUUGCCAGCCCGACGCCGACCCAGGUGGAGCUGAAGCUGAAGCUGAAGCCGCGGUCGGUGAAGGUGGUAGCGGCCACGCUCCAGCUCACGCUCUCCUGCGUCUUCCUGCAUGAAGGGAAAGCCACGGACGAAGACAUGCAAAGCCUCGCCAGCCUGAUGAGUGUCAAACCCUCGGAUAUCGGCAACCUGGACGACUUCGCGGAUAGCGAGGAGGAAGGGGCAACGGCUGUGGAUGAAGCCCCCAAAUUGGGCCAGCAAGAAGAUGGCGCAGGCCAGGCAACCCCUGCUAAAGGAUUCCUCAAAAACGUCUUGCCGGACUGUUUCCCAGACACUUCAAGGGAUUUGAACACUCUGGCGGAAGAAGAGGAGGAUGCCUCUUCCCAAAGCACAAGCCAAGUUGGACCAGCAACUUCUGCCUCUUCCAGACCCUUCAAGAAGGAAACCCCCAAAGGUGUUCGGGAAGAGCCCGUGUCAGCCUCUAACGUUGCCGCCAGCCAAGUGAUGAAUCCUACCAAUGCAGUGGUGGCCCCCUUCGUAGUAAGUGGCGCCGAGAGCGGUGGGAAUGUGGGUCGCAAAGGGGAAGGCGGUCAGUGUCCAGAAGCAGCAACAGCAGCGGAAGCAGCAGCUGGCAUCCUUAAAGGGCCAGGCACCACAUGGAACCAUGCGACAGGGACGUCUGCGGGAUUGGCACAGGCGGGGGCCGGAGAGGAGGAAGCGGCGCAUGGAAAGGAGGCUGCGCUGCUGUGGGGGCCACCAGCAUCUCAGCACAGAACAGAAGACCGGUCCACCGAUGUCUGGAAACGCCGGGACCCGAUCCCUCUGUGCGCCCCACCGAGGAAGAGGAGUUCCCUCAAAGAAGUCACCAGGCCCCAAGAGACGUCCCCGAUACUGCAGUCCGCGCCCGGAGCCCCCUCUGUGCCAAAACGCAGGCUGGAGAAGACACCAAAGCCUUUGGAGAGCCAGAGCUUUGUGCCUGUUGCGCCUAGUAGUCCAGGAAAGGAACAUGAGAAGGUCCAAAGCCUUCCAGAAGCAGUCCCCUCUCCACCCAAACUCCAAAGCCCCAUAGUGAUGUAUUUUAUGGAGGAUGCAAGCCUGGCCGAACACGACCCUGUUGUUAUCGGUCCUGCGGGGUCUUCCUCCUCGGACGCAGCUUUCUUAGCCUUGUCUCCGGUGGUGAAGCCCAUUGGGUUCCACCACGAAGCAGCAUUAGAUGUUGUCCCUCCCUCCCAAGUCAUGGUUGGGGAUGGUGGUGUAUGGCCUUCUGGUGUGGGAUUGCUUCCUGUAGUUGACCUGUCAACGAGUGGGAUGGAUGAGGAGGGGAAGUCUGGAAGUAAGCACCAAGUUGAGUCAGAUAGGGAACAGGUUGAGGUUGAUGCCAGACAGGAGACUUAUGGAGAUACUUCUACGCAGGAGGGCUGUUCCUCGACCCCUCAGGAAGAACUUCUCAAAUGGGAGGAGGAACGUGGAACAGAAGGCGAGCCAAAUAUGGAGAAACAUCAAGUAUGUGAGAUCCUGGAGAGUGCCGUCCCACCAAGAGAUCUGGAGAGCUGUGAAGUGUCGAAGAUCUCAGAAGGUCCUGUCCCACCAACAGAUCUCUCUGUGAAGAGCUGUGAAGCAUCAGAGAUCUCAAAAGGUCCUGUCCCACCAAAAGAUCUCUCCAUGGAGAUCUCAGAAGGUUCCAUCCCACCAACAGAUCUCUCUGUGAGGAGCUGUGAAGUAUCAGAGAUCUCAAAAGGUCCUGUCCCACCAAAAGAUCUCUCCAUGGAGAUCUCAGAAGGUUCCAUCCCACCAACAGAUCUCUCUGUGAAGAGCUGUGAAGUAUCGGAGAUCUCAGAAGGUCCUGUCCCACCAAAAGAUCUCUCCAUGGAGAUCUCAGAAGGUUCCAUCCCACCAACAGAUCUCUCUGUGGAGAGCUGUGAAGUAUCGGAGAUCUCAGAAGGUCCUGUCCCAUCAACAGAUCCCUCCAUGGAGAUCUCAGAAGGUUCCAUCCCACCAACGGAUCUCUCUGUGAAGAGCUGUGAAGUAUCAGAGAUCUCAGAAGGUUCCGUCCCACCAACGGAUCUCUCCAUGGAAGUCCCAGACUUAUGGCAUGAACAAGGGCUGGUCAAGAAGGACCUGAAAGACAAGGUCAGCCUCCUCAUUUUGGAAGAACCACUUCCUUCUUCAUCUCAUAUGGAAGAUACGGCAAAAGAGAUGCCAUCUUUGCAGCUCGAUGUCCCGUCAUUCCAAGAAAAGGCGGAUGACUCAACUAUUGCUGAGGGCAACGUCCCAAGUCUUUCAGAAGAACAAGAGAAGAUCAAGAAGGACCUACAAGACAGGGAUAACCUCAUUUUGAAAGAACCUCAUAUGGAAGUUAUGGCAGAAGAGACACCAUCUCUGCUGUUCGAUGUCCCGUCGAUCCUAGAAAAGGCGGAUGACCCAACUAUUGCUGAGGGCAAUGUCCCAAGUCUUUUAGAAGAACAAGAGCAGAUCAAGAAGGACCUACAAGACAGGGAUAACCUCAUUUUGAAAGAGCCUCAAAUGGAAGAUAUGGCAGAAGAGACACCAUAUUUUCUUUUCGAUGUCCCGUCGAUCCUAGAAAAGGCGGAUGACCCAACUAUUGCUGAGGGCAACAUCCCAAGUCUUUUAGAAGAGCAGACUGUUUUGGAAAGAGGAGAAACAAGCCAAGGAGAGGAUGAAGGGAAAAGUCCCAGAAGUGUUACGGAGGAGGCAUUCGAAGCAGAUCCAUACAACGAAGCUUUGAGGCAACCAUUAGUAGAGACCGUCCAAGAGGGUCCAGAAAUCCCUUCUUGGUCUAUCCCUGAUGGUGGAAAAGUCGGAGAAGGAUCUGACCUACCAUUAGGAAAUGAGGAGUCAUCAACAGCCUUGUCUCCCUGCUCACCAAAUCCUAUGAUUGCCCCGACCUUUCCGACUCCUUGUACCCCAGAAGCUCCAGUCCUGAACCCCAUGCCCUGUGAUGGAGAUAGGGAUGCUCCCCAAGGGAAACCCAAGGUUGACCCCCCCACCAGCCCGUCGCUUGUGAGUUGCAGCCAAUCGUUGCUGGAAUGGUGCCAGGAGGUGACGGCCAACCACCGCGGCGUCCGCGUCACCAACUUUACAACGUCGUGGCGCAACGGCUUGGCCUUCUGUGCCAUCCUGCAUCACUUCCACCCAGACAAGAUCGAUUAUGAAGCUCUGGACCCCCUUGAUAUCAAGCAGAACAAUAAACUGGCCUUCGAUGGUUUCGCCUCGCUGGGCAUCUCUCGGCUGAUGGAUCCGGCCGACAUGGUUUUCCUGACGGUGCCGGAUCGGCUGAUUGUCUUGACCUAUCUCUGCCAAAUCCGAGCGCAUUUCACGGGGCAGGAGCUGAACGUGGUGCAGCUCGCGAGCCACGCGAGCCAAACGACGUACAAAGUGGGCAAAUUCGACACGGACUCCUCCGCCACCUUGGACCCAUCCGUCUUCUAUUCUCAGCAUCUCCAGAUGCAACGGGUCGAGGAUUUGAUGGUCGCCAAGGUCUCGAGCGGCAAAGACCCGGAGGAUAGUGGUCCGGACCAUUCUGGGAAAGUUCAAGGUGCAAAUCCUCCCAACGAACCCAUUUCUGUGGACAGGAAAGGAAAAGGCAGCAAUGUUUCUGAGACGGUUGACGGGGUGGAAAGUAGAGUUGUCAACGGCGGUGCUGCAAAGCCGUCCGGAGAAGGUAAAUCCCUCGAAACAGUGGACUAUAAAGCAGAGGAAGUAUCUUCAGAUAGAAAUGUUUUGAUCAAUGGGGCACAAGUGGAUACUGGGAUCUCGCUUGUGGCGAACGGAACCGGUCAAAGCCCUGCGCUCUCCGACCCCGGAUGCGCCGCAAAGCCAGAGGAGAACAGCGGCGAGGAAUCGGGCAACCAAAGCGCGGAAGGCGAUGGGACGACGUCAACGAGCAAUAUCGAGAAGUUGGUUCCUCCACCGCGGUUGAAACGCAUGGCGUCCCGGGGCAGCGUUGAACGGCCCUUGCAGCGCACCCUCUCCGCCGGAAGCCCGAGCCCGGUAGCGCCGCCACGUCCCCACGCGGCCAAGUCCGCUUUCGCCCACGUCCGCGACGCCGAUCUGGUGAAGAAGCGGCGCUCCCGGCUCAAGAGCGACUCCUUGUCGAUGGACGAGGCGGACGAGGAUCCGACCAAAAGGGACAGUGGCGGCGAGGAGGCAUUUAGACCCCGACCAGUUGCCCCAAAAGCGGAGCAGUCCGUGCCAGCGUCUCCGACGGCCGCCUCCCAGGAACCUCCGCAGGACCCCAACCCCAAGAACAAUGGCAACGAAGAGGAGAUUCCAAAAUUCCAAGACACCAGCCAAUACGUCCUUGCUGAACUUCGGGCUUUGGAGACCGAGCAGAGGCAGAUUGACGGUCGGGCCGCAGUGGUGGAGAAGGACCUGCGGACGCUGAUGGAAACGGGUGCGGACAAGCUGAAAGAGGAAGAGUUGAUCCAGGAAUGGUUUACGUUGGUGAAUAAGAAGAACGCCUUGAUCCGGCGGCAGGACCAGCUUCAGCUGCUGACAGAAGAGCAAGACCUGGAGAGGCGGUUUGAGCUUCUCAGCCGGGAGUUGCGGUCCAUGAUGGCCAUUGAUGACUAUCUCAAGACAGAAGCCCAGCAGCAGCGUGAGCAGCUCCUUUUGGAAGAACUGGUUUCACUGGUCAACCAGAGGGACGAACUGGUGCGGGACCUGGACAUCAAGGAAAGGAUAGCCCUCGAGGAGGAUCUCAGGCUGGAGCGGGGAUUGCAGCAAAGGCGCCGCAAGUUCAGCCGGAAGGACAAAUGCCGGGUCAGCUGAGGAAUCGAUUCGGUCCUCCAUUGCGAUUCGACGGAUGGACGGCAUCCGAUGCCGGCGCUUCUCCCUUUUCUCCCGUUCCCUCGCACAUCUCCGCUCUCGGCGCAACUUCUUGCUAUCUUCGGAGGCUCUUCAGCAACUCACACAACUCUGUUGCGGGAUGCUGGUACGAGACGUGGUUUAUCGUUUCCAAAUCAGAGUAGAAUCAUAGAAUCAUAGAGUUGGACGAGACCUUGUGAGCCGUCCAGUCCGACCCCAUUCUCCCAUUCUGCCAAGAAGCAGGAAAAUCGCAUUCAAAGCACUCCUGACAGAUGGCCAUCCAUCUUAUACUUAAAAGCCUCCAAAGAAGGAGCCUCUACCACACUCUGGGGCAGGGAGUUCCCCUGCCAAACGGCUCUCACAGUUAGGAAGUUCUUCCUAAUGUAGAGUAAUCAAAUAGUCCCAUAAAACAUAGGCAGAUACUCGGACUGAGUCACACAGGAGAGAGCGAAAUGGAUUAUUUCAUUCUCUUUUUCUUUGGCUAGAAAUGCUGUGCCUCCGAGUUGGCCCCCCAGAGGAAGCGGUCACUUGGCAUUUAUGAUCAUAUCUCAAUAGGACAAAGGAAGCCUUCGGAAAGCCACACUUGGUCCUAAUCUGUUACUGAUUCAACUUUUAUCCACUGAAACCACAGCUAAAAUUCCCUCAUUGUUCCUGGCUGUCAGCACGGGAAAAAUCCGGAUUUUGACAGGAGAGUUCCCCUGCUGAACAGCUCUCACAGUUAGGAAGUUCUUCCAUAUAGAGUUGGGAGAGACCUUGUGGGCCAUCCAGUCCAACCCCAUUCUGCCAAGAAGCAGGAAUAUUGCA